GCGGGUGGGAGCAUUCGGGGUUGUGGCCAGUCGAAUUUGGGUCGGAUUUGCUCGUGGCCUUGCUAUUGGAUUCUCUCUUCUACUUCCACUUCCACUUUCACUUUCUCCGUUCUUCUCUCGUCUCUUCUCUUCCCUUCUCUUCUUCUUCAACAAACACAAAGGAAUUGCUUUCAACUCCUGUGACUCGCCAGCCUCGUUUCUCUCCGUUCCCAUCCAGGUCCUUGAAAACCAUCAACGAUCCACAACCCGUCCGCAAGGCUUGACCUGGAACUUCUUACCAGAGAUUCAAGUCCGCAUACUCCAGAAUGCCCCUCUCCGACGCAAACCCCUUCGCGAGACACGAGUCCCAUAGCGUCCAAGCGGUUUGGACGUACAAGGUGCUUACCGUCAUAACAUGGCUUCUCACCGUGCUGUCCAGUGUAUACUACACCUUCGCCAUGCCCAUGGAUGACAGGAAGCACUGGAGAAACACCAUUUGGGGACAUAAUGCGGCCUUCCCAACCCCGUUUGCUUUGAAUGCCCUCAUCGCCUCCCUCUACUGGCUCGCCCUCUUCCUGCUUCAGAUCGCGUACCUCUGGCAUCUAUUCUCGAACAAGAGUGAGCAUGUCCAAGCUGCCGCUGGUGUAGGAAGCCACUUCAUCUUCAACAACCUCUUGCAGUUUGCCUUCGUCAUGCUCUUCGUUCGGGGUCACUUUGCUUGGGCUCAGGUUAUCUUGAUCGUCAAUUUCUUCAACUUAACCGCCCUCUAUUUCCGCCACAACACACAUCCUCGACUUAUCCACAUCGGAGCUGUCUCAGGUCCUCUUGCCUGGACCUUCGUGGCUUUGUACUGGAAUGGUGCUAUUGUCUUCAAUCACCACCACGCGACAUUGGCAGCUCGUAUCCUGGCCAACAUUGCCAUCUGGGGUAUUCUUGUUUAUGGCCUGUUCUUCCUCGCUGUCUACAAGGAUUACACCAUGGGCUUCGAACUCAGCAUCCUGACUGCUUCUCUCGGCGUCGGCCAAUUCUUGACGAAGACCAUCGCCUUCCAGUGGAUCUUCGCUUUCGUCAUCAUGGGAGUCCUGUUCAUCGCCACACUUGGCAUUGCGCUCCCAGGCGUUUUCGGCAAGGAAUUCUCUUUCAGACGGGAGCAGAAUGUUGUCCCAGCAGACCAGGAGAGAGCUCCGCUGUUGGAUGACGCGUAGAGGGCAAACACGGCCAGUCAGCGAUGAGCUCAAAUGGAUUGGCUGGCAUUUCUCGAAUGGGUAAUGGAACGAGAGCUGCAUUGGUGGCGAACAUGAUUUGCUUGCAGUGAUGGACUUCGAUUCAUGAUUUCUGAAACGGCGAUACCACUCCGCUCUGUUUGUGGUUUGGGGCAGAGUUCUUUUUCUCCUUGCUUCAGAGGUAGUGGAGUCAGCUGGUGCAUGGGUUUCUCGGUGUGCGUAUCACAAAAGUCGAAAAAAGGCGUUAGAGAAUGCAUGCUUCCAUGUAAAGAACGAAGAACCGUGAACCGUGGGAAGUGAGAAGUGAAG